UGCAAAGCAAAAUACGUUACGAGUUUGCAGAAAGUGGACGUGCACUGAGCCACAGAGGAAUCAGACCACACACACAACCGACUCCACAUCUGUCCUGCACAUCUGUGAGAAGAUGCAUCUAUGACAUACUCUGGAGAAACAACAGCACACCUUUCUAAAUGCAUCCAGCUGGAGACCAUUGGCGACAUGAACAACCAGAGUCUUAAGGACAGAGAUGAUUCGUGCCACAUUGCCAUGAUGCCCCCUGGCUGGAUCAGGGAGGUGAGGCAGAGGAGAGCAGGCAAGACAGCAGGCAAACUGGACGUCUACAUAAUAAGUCCCCAGGGACAGAAGUUCCGGUCAAGGUCAUCCCUGCACGCUUUCCUCCUACAAAAUGAAGACGGGAGCUUGGACAUCAGCCUCUUUGAUUUCACCACAUCCCAAGGUGAUGUCAUCACAGCUUCACAAAUAAUGCUUCCCACCCAAAUUAAACCGAGGGGGAGACAGAAAAAACAGAAGGAGACAACGCAAGAUGCAGUGGUAAUUCUGAAUACCACUUCCACUUCCCCCUGCAGAAGUACUAAAGACGACAAUGUUAGGAAAUCAGAUGACUUUAACCAUAUUAAUACUGACAUUUUACCAGAAGUGUGUGGAAAUAAAACUGAUGAGACUGUGGAGUGCUGCAUCCAAGCUGCACCUUCAGUAAUAGUGGAAGAUGUGAUUAUGCAGGGGAGUCCUCAGAGAGUCGGGCUGAGAGAGAAGCUGCUCCGACUGGCUCCCUCUAGCAAACAGAAAAUCACUUCCAGUGUUCAUGUGGACGAGCAGACAGACUCGCAGCCUUCUGUCCCGACACUGACUGUUGAACCUGCCACUGAGAGCGAGAAUGAGAAAGAGGAGGAAAGAGGUGAUGAAGAGAUGCAAAUUCACAGCAAAGGCGAGAAAAAGCCUAAUUCUGAACUGGAGACUGAUGCUGACAGUCAUCAGGAUGUUGAAGAGGAGGUGUUGUUACCCGACACUGAUGUCAGCUCGACACCGGUGAGAGAAUCCCAGAAUAAGUCCAAAAGCUCGGAAGACAAACGGAAAACAAGCCCAUAUUUCAGCAGGAAAUCCUUUAAAGAUGGACUCAGUCCUCCCAGGAGGAAAGCCUUUAAGAAAUGGACACCCCCUCGUUCUCCAUUCAACCUCGUACAGGAAACCCUUUUCCAUGAUCCCUGGAAGCUCCUGGUUGCCACCAUCUUUCUAAACAAGACCAGUGGCAAGAUGGCUAUUCCAGCGCUGUGGCAGUUCUUUGAGCGUUACCCGUCAGCAGAGGUGACCCGGGAGGCCGACUGGAAGCUGAUGUCUGAACUCAUGAAGCCACUCGGCCUCUAUGAGCUCAGAGCCAAAGCACUCAUACGCUUCUCCGAUGAAUAUCUAACUAAACAGUGGCGUUACCCCAUCGAGCUGCACGGUAUCGGGAAGUACGGCAACGACUCCUACAGGAUCUUCUGUGUGGAAGAGUGGAGACAGGUGACACCUAAAGAUCACAAGUUAAAUAAAUAUCACGCCUGGCUGUGGGAGAACCAUGAAACUCUUGGAAUCUAAAGCACAGUGUCCAAAGAAUUGUACAGACUACUGUUAUCUGAAAUAUUAUGAUAAACUAUACUCAUAGUAUUAUGAUGACCAUGUUUAUGCUCAGGUUCAUGUCAUUUUAUAAUACUAUAAAAUAUCAGUGAUAGCCCUUAUUUUAAAAGUUGUAUCCAGUUUGUAAUAAAGUGUUUUAAAAGUU